AGUCCAUGGCAGGAAAGAAACUCGUUGAAAUUGAAAGGACAGGCAAGAAAAUACAAGAAAGUAGCAAGAAUGUCUUGGCUCUAAUAAAGAAGCUGGGAUAUGCCAAGACAGCGGGCGAAAUAAAGCCUAUCCCGAAGGCCCCUCUUCUGACGUAUCAAGACAGAAGUAAAUACGAGAAAGAGCUUAAAAAAGAAGUAAAAAAGUUGAAUACCCUUAAAGAAAUGCUCCGGAGUGGUCCCAAAGAGGAUAAGAUCAAAGAGGAAAUAGAGGUAUACAGAAAGGGCGUAGAAAUGAUGAUUGAGAUGGAAGUGGCAGUUAGUGGCAGCCUAAGGGAAAAAGCUGAAAUAUUCCGAAAUAAUUCAGAAAGUGAAAAAAUAUCUGAGGCACUAAAGAACUUAGAACUGGAGAUAAAAACAAAGAAAACGACCCAAAUAACUGUAGAAUAUAUGAAAGCAUUAUUAAAACAGGCGGUGGAAAGGAAGGAGCCCCUCCACAGCUAUCUAAACGAUUAUUAUGAUGGAAAGGUGUCGAUACUUGACUUUGCAAACGUACUUAUUAGCAAACCAGCGAAGCCUGAAGAGAAUGAGACAGAAGAUGCCUGGCAGGGAGAAAGGCCAGCAGAAACAAAAAGAAAGAAGAAAGAAGUGCCUGCGCCAGUACAAUAUCCGCAAGCUAAGCCAGAAAAAAGUGAAAAGAGCCAUUUCGACCAUGUGCUGAAAAGAAUUGAGGGAAUAAAAUUAAAAAUUCCUAUGGACAUUCAGCUUGUAAAUAGUAUGCGAAACUAUCUUAACUAUAACAGUACGUGCGGCAUGGCAUACGCCAUGGAUGAAAAUGAAGACAUGCCAGAUUACUUCCCAAGUAAAGCAAGCAUUCUUCUGAGCAGCCCAGAUUUCUAUCAAAAGCUAGACAUGGACACUCUCUUCUUUAUAUUCUACUUCCACCAGAAUACUCCGUGCCAAUACUAUGCAGCAAGGGAGUUAAAGAACUAUUCCUGGAGGUAUCACACAAAGUAUAUGGCAUGGUUCCAGAGGUUAGAAGAACCCAGCAUUAUCACAGAGGACUAUGAACAAGGAACAUACAUCUUCUUUGACUACGAAGUAUCCUGGAGCAGUAGAAAGAAAGAGAACUUUAGAUUUGACUACAAAUAUUUGGAAGACAGUGCCCUAUAAAAUAAAUACCUGA